CUCUCUCUCUCUCUCCCCGACGUCGACCAUAACUAACACUUCGGGAUCCAGCGCGCGGACGAGAGCAAUUAGCGGACUUAAUCUGUCACGAUGUCUCCUCUCCGAUCGACUGGUCGUCAAACGAGUUCAGCGAUGGCUGAGGAGCUGCUCGGUGGACACCAUGUACAGAUCGGAGGACUCGACGCUCAGAGAGCCGCUGGGUGCGUUUGAUUUGGGAUUAGUGUGACCCGCCGGGGGAGAUCUGUCCCUUGUUCCGCAAGGAGCCUGCUGUCCUCCGGGCUCCUGCACAGCUCCGGAGUCGCGCAGAGCCCAUGCAGUCGCCAAGGUGUGGUUGUCCUCGCGGUGCCAUGUGCGUCUGCGAGACAUGAUCGGAGGUUUCAUAUCAGAGCUCCUGUCCUGCAUCAAGCGCCAUCUGUUGGAAACCAGGAUCCAGUCCACCGUGACUGUCUGGGCAGAUGUACACCGAGAGAUGGAGAGAGACAUGGAGAGGAGUGAAGUGCGACCCCGAGCUGGAUGGAUGGUUAUGGGGGAAAGAGGAAGACCCUCGGCGCUUGACGUGUGCAGAGUCCUCGCCGUGUUCCUCUCACUCUUCCCCUCCGUGAGCCUGCAGUGCAAGAUCCUCAAGUGUAACUCGGAAUUUUGGGCGUCCACCUCGAACUCUGGACCGGAGGAGGAGUUUUGCACAGCGCUGCGAGCGUACAACAGCUGCGUGCGGCGGACCGCGCGCACCUGCAGGGGCGACUUGGCCUACCACUCCGCCCAGCAUGGGAUAGAGGAUCUAAUGGGCCAGCACAACUGCUCCAAGGAGGGGCCCACAUCCCAGCCACGCGCCCGGACCCCGCUGCCCCCGGCAGCGCCUCCGCUCCUGCCCGACAGCCAGGAGCGCUCCGACGGUCCGGAACAGUGCCACUAUGAGCGCAGUCUUCCGCGCAACACCUCGCCGCCCAACUACACCCACUGCGGCUUCUUCGGAGAUCCGCACCUUCGCACUUUCGGAGACGACUUCCAAACGUGCAAGGUGGAAGGAGCCUGGCCGCUCAUUCACAACAAAUACCUGUCUGUCCAGGUGACCAACACUCCGGUGGUGCCGGGGUCUUUGGCCACCGCCACAAGCAAGCUGACGAUCAUCUUUAAGAAUUUCCAGGAAUGUGUGGACCAGAAGAUGUACCACGCGGAGACGGACGAGCUGCCGGCUGCGUUCGCAGACGGCUCCAAGAACGGAGGGGAUCGGCAUGGGGCAAACACCCUGCGCGUGGUGGAGAAGGUUCCCGGGCAGCAUGUGGAGAUUCAGGCCAGGUACAUUGGAACGACAAUCGUGGUCCGGCAGGUCGGCCGCUACCUGACCUUCGCCGUGCGGAUGCCGGAAGAAGUCGUGAACUCUGCGGAGGAGGGCGACAACCAGGACUUGUACCUGUGUCUUCACGGCUGUCCUGCCAACCAGCGCAUCGACUUCCGGAACUUCAGGGCUCGGGCGGCGGAAGCCCACAGCGCAGGCAGGACCAGGGGCGGCACCGGGGCGCACGGCUUCACUUACCAGUCGGCAAAGGCCAAGUGCAAAGAGCGACUCCCCGUGGAGGAUCUGUAUUUUCACUCGUGCGUGUUUGACCUCCUCUCCUCCGGAGACAUUAACUUCACCAUGGCAGCCUACUACGCCUUUGAGGAUGUAAAAAUGCUCCACUCGCACAGCAACAGAUACCACAUCUAUGAGAAGGAUGCCUUCAUGAGCAGUGCAGCCGAGAGGGGCAAAGAUUUACUGUCACUCUUCCUCAUCAACCUCCUCGCUGUCUUAUUGUGGACCGAGUGUUAAACAGUUUGUCUAUAGACCCGUUACAACAAUAUCCUCGUGGUGUAUCUGUCGGUGUUUAAGUGCCAUCGCUCUCCCGCUCCGGUUCUGUGACGUGACCUGGGACUUUGCCGGUCGGAAUCGUUCCUCCCCUCCGUCUUGUUGUAGUUGUGUCGUCAUGUCUCGACUUCAGUCUAACGACGAGGGGAGUCCACCUUUCAUCACGUGUAUUUAACUGGUUCGUCGGACUGGUCUUUGAAGAGGGCAGCGGUGAGAGAGCCUGGCUACCCCAGAGCUCAGGAUAUCCACCUGGGAUUAUAAUCCCCCAUUCUCACCGGGGCCGCAUGCCUAUGGGAAGCCAGACGAGAUGAUCUUUUGCAGAAAGAGGAGUUUGCUGAUCCUCCCGCCCCUGAUCCCCUCGUCGGUGCCGAGCCAACGAAGCUCUCCGUGGCUCAUGUGGCGAGGCGAGCGGACCUGACAGGGGCUUUUGUUAACCUAAGGCCAGAAGCAGCUCCGUGUUUGAUUAGUCUCCAGCUUUGAAAAAAGCCUGAGCCUUGUGGAGGAAGCACUCAGCCAAAGGGACGUCAGAGCAGCGUCUCCAGUUGUCUGCUGUGGAGAUUAAUGGGUCAUAUUGUUAGGUUGUGUGUGCGUGUGCAUUAGUACAAUGUGUGUAGACUUCAGCGUCUGUGGUUAAUUUUGUGUGGGUUUUGCGGGGUGCAGGAAAUUCCCAGAAAUGAGAUGACAACAUAACCUCCAGUGGGAGAAAUCUUUCCCAUGUGUUUUGGUGCACCCAAAAUUUCAGAAAAACAUGAGACGAGGUGCUUCACAGUCUGUUCAGACGGACUCCGUCGGCCAAGUAGCAAAAGGGAGCCGACAAAGAUAACCUCUUCUCACGCGUACAUCAUUGCCAGUGUCAUACAGCCUCUUCCCAUCCUGGUUACUGUUGAUCCGACAGUGUUUUGUGUUUGUUUCAAAUCUGUAAUGUGAAUGUAGCUAAAAUAAGAAAAGCAAAAGAACAAACUUAGCUAAGGGCGCUAAGAGCGUUUACACAACGUAGAUCAACCAAUCGAACUAUGACACCUCUCCGUGAGCGCUCUUGUGAAUUCUACUCUCCAUUUCAAGUAACGGUGGCGUAGAUACUUGUCGCCUCUCGUCAGUUUAUAGACCACCACCAGUGUGCUGACUGGACUUUAUCAAGUAAAUGAUGAGCAUAUGUCUGUAGACGUGAUUUCGUGGCUCAAGUCGUUGCCAAAGAACAAGCCCUUGUGCCAACGCUUCCCCGCACACAGACUUCAUCUUCCUUCUUCCUUCAUCUUCAUCGUCUCAAACACAGUUUCCCACUAGGGGGGAGAUUCUCAACGGUAAAUAACGUGCGUUUAUUGGUGAACUCGCGGUGUGCAGAAUAAUUACAGUGAUGCACUGUAAAAGCAGAAUUUGUUUCCUUUUUAAUAUUUUACCCCCAAGCUCACCUUUUUGCUUUUCCAGCGAUUCAUGCUAAAAGAACUUCGCUAUGAACUUUGGCUCCCGGUUGCGGUGAGUACGUCUUCCCUGUGGAUACUGUUACUGCUCGGCCACAGUGCGACGGUCACUUAUCAUUUUACACUGAAGUAUUCGGCAGUUCACACUACUGCUACUAGGAAUAUGUACUUGUGCAGUUUGACAGAAACAACAAAAAGGAAAAUCAUACAAACAAAUGAUUGUAAAGUUGAAUCUCGUGUUAAUAGAUGUAAUUUGUAUUGUGAGUUUUACAGUAUAUGGUUCUACACGUGUAAUGUGAGAUUGUACAUAUGUUUUGUGAGUUGCCGAGUUCAAAUUUUGUACAUUACCAGUUGUUUGGAAUUUAUCAUUCCAGUUCUUUUGUACAUCAGAUGCUUUGUUGAAUGUGAACCUUUUUUUUUGUUUGAAAAGGGAUUUUUUUUGUUGUUUUUUUGUUUUGUUGCAAAAACAUGAAUGCCACAGAACGGGAUAUUUAAAAACAACACACACACACACACACACACACGGUUGUAGAUGAAGUAAAACAGGCCACCAUAUCUAGAAAUGUGUGUUCUGGGGUAUUCAUGUUUUUGAGUUUAAAGCACUUUAUGUUUUCUCGUUCGUUCAGCUUGGUUUGUUUGAAACUCUUGGUCAGAUUUGUGACGGUUGAAAAACAUGGGAGGGAAUAAAACAUGGCUAAAUGGGAAAUGCCAGAAAGAUCAAACUGUGUGUAAAGCAAAUGUGGUGCCACACGCCAGCUGUUUAUAAUGUAAAUUAUUUAUUGAAUAAAAGAAAAUGUCUUGUUAA